ACAUAAUCUAUUGGCAAGCCAUCCUUGAAGAGAGAAAGCCAUGGCGCUGCCACCUCUUCUUCAGGGACAUGUCUGUGCCGUGACGGGCGGUCUGACAGGAAUCGGAAGAGCAAUUGCUAUCCUUUUCCUUUCACAUGGUGCUAAAGUUGUCAUAAACUACCUCCCAUCUCACAACAAGGAUGAAGAAAUACUCCUCUCGUCUCUCCGGACCGAAGCCUUCGAUGCCAUCAGGAAUCGUUCUCAUUCUUCCUCUCCACAAGACCUCCAAGAUGUACCAAUUCUUGCUAUUGCCGGCGAUAUCUCCCAACCCGAGGCAGGCAAAGAUCUCGUUGCACAGACGGUUGCAAAGUUCAACAGACUCGACACACUGGUCUCGAAUGCGGGUAUCUGCAAGUUUGAGGAGUUCCUCGAAAUCUCACCUGACUCCUGGCAGAGGCAUCUCAACACCAACCUAUCAGGAGCCUUCUAUGUUGUACAAGCAGCGGCACAACAGAUGGCGAAGCAGGAGCCCCAAGGAGGUUCGAUUAUUGGCAUUUCAAGCAUUUCGGCUCUUGUGGGUGGCGCUCAACAGUGUCAUUACACGCCGACAAAGGCCGGGAUAUUGUCCCUCAUGCAGUCCACCGCCACAGCGCUAGGUAAAUACAACAUCAGAUGCAAUGCCCUCCUGCCUGGCACCAUUCGCACUCAGCUCAAUGAUGAAGAUCUGGCAGAGGGAAGUGAGAAGAAAAGAUAUAUGGAGGGUCGCAUACCCCUCGGACGGCUGGGAAGGCCUGAUGACAUGGCAGGGCCGGCCUUGUUCUUAGCAUGCGGUGAGUUGUCAUCCUAUGUCACAGGAGCAGCAAUCUUGGUCGAUGGAGGGGCGUUUGUGAACUUUCAGUAG